UUUUUUUACCGAUGUCCUAGAAACUGGACAUACCCAAAUAAAAAUCUUGAUUUUUGAUUAGGGCAUUCGACAACAAGCAGUUGGGAGGAGAAAGUGAUAAGGAAGGAAUUAAGGAAAUGGCAAUGGUUUCUAACGCUAACUCAUUCUUAAAGUCACAGAUGCACCAAGUUUACUGCAGAAAGAAGGAGAAAGAUAAGAGUCAAAAUCCCCAACCCUAUAAAGUCAUUGAAAUCUCACCCCCUCCCAAGAACCUUGGCAUACGUUGCCUUCCCUCUAACUUGCAGUGCGGAGAGAGUGUAACCAUUGAAGGCCGAGCCUACACUAUUUCAGCUGUAACUCAUCGUUAUCAGCUUCGUAAAGGGAAAUAUGAGCCUAGCGAGAAGAGGCUUGAUGUGUUGUCUACUGGAAGAUACAUCUUAAAUUUGUACUUGGAAAAUUUACUAGAACAAUCUUGACUAUGAUGUAGAUUAAUAUUCUUUUUUCCCUUCAUCUUUAUGUAUACAUUAUGAAUUACAACUUAAUUGAAUUGCCUGUGUCAAAUGAACUUGUUUGAUAUUUUGCUGGCA